AUAGAAGUGACAUCAAAGGAAGAUAUGAAAAGACGUGAUGACAGUGAAAACAGCCAGGACCAGGUUGAAGGAAAAAGAAAGAGUGGAAAAACUGACACCCAGCAGUUGCCUACUGAGAAGAAAGAAGAACAUGAUAGUUGACAGAAGCCCAAGAUCAAGGUAGAAGAUCUGUGCAACAUGAUGAAAAAAUGGAAGAACCCUUAGACAGAUCUGUGCAAACACUCAAAUUGGAGAAUUUGAGCCUGAAAAAGAAAAUUCAAAAGCAAGGGGGUAAACUUGAACGAGCUCGGAAACACUUGUUGAGCAAGAGAUUGUUGACAGAAGCACAAGAUCAAGGUACAAGCUCUGUGCAACAUGAAGAAAAAAUGGAAGAACCCUUAGACAGGAUUGAAUUGGAGUAUUUACGCCUAAAAGAAAAUGUGAAAAGCCUCGAAAUGGAGAUUUUGAGCCAGAAAAAGAAAAUGAAGAAACGAGCAGGAAAACUUAAACAUGCUCGGAAACACUUGUCAAAUGACAGUUUGUUGACAGAAGCACAAGAUCAAGGUACAAGCUCUGUGCAACAUGAUGAAAAAAUGGAAGAACCCUUAGACAGGAUUGAAUUGGAGUAUUUACGCCUAAAACAAAAUGUGAAAAGCCUCGAAAUGGAGAUUUUGAGCCUGAAAAAGAAAAUGAAGAAACCAGCAGGAAAACCUGAACGAGCUUGGAAACAGUUGUCAAAUGACAGGGAAAGUUUGACAGAAGCACAAGAUCAAGGUACAAGCUCUGUGCAACAUGAUGAAAAAAUGGAAGAACCCUUAGACAGGAUUGAAUUGGAGUAUUUACGCCUAAAAGAAAAUGUGAAAAGCCUCGAAAUGGAGAUUUUGAGCCUGAAAAAGAAAAUGAAGAAACCAGCAGGAAAACUUGAACGAGCUUGGAAACACUUGUCAAAUGACAGGGAAAGUUUGACAGAAGCACAAGAUCAAGGUACAAGCUCUGUGCAACAUGAUGAAAAAAUGGAAGAACCCUUAGACAGGAUUGAAUUGGAGUAUUUACGCCUAAAAGAAAAUGUGAAAAGCCUCGAAAUGGAGAUUUUGAGCCUGAAAAAGAAAAUGAAGAAACCAGCAGGAAAACUUGAACGAGCUUGGAAACACUUGUCAAAUGACAGGGAAAGUUUGACAGAAGCACAAGAUCAAGGUACAAGCUCUGUGCAACAUGAUGAAAAAAUGGAAGAACCCUUAGACAGGAUUGAAUUGGAGUAUUUACGCCUAAAAGAAAAUGUGAAAAGCCUCGAAAUGGAGAUUUUGAGCCUGAAAAAGAAAAUGAAGAAACCAGCAGGAAAACUUGAACGAGCUUGGAAACACUUGUCAAAUGACAGGGAAAGUUUGACAGAAGCACAAGAUCAAGGUACAAGCUCUGUGCAACAUGAUGAAAAAAUGGAAGAACCCUUAGACAGGAUUGAAUUGGAGUAUUUACGCCUAAAAGAAAAUGUGAAAAGCCUCGAAAUGGAGUUUUUGAGCCUGAAAAAGAAAAUGAAGAAACCAGCAGGAAAACUUGAACGAGCUUGGAAACACUUGUCAAAUGACAGGGAAAGUUUGACAGAAGCACAAGAUCAAGGUACAAGCUCUGUGCAACAUGAUGAAAAAAUGGAAGAACCCUUAGACAGGAUUGAAUUGGAGUAUUUACGCCUAAAAGAAAAUGUGAAAAGCCUCGAAAUGGAGAUUUUGAGCCUGAAAAAGAAAAUGAAGAAACCAGCAGGAAAACUUGAACGAGCUUGGAAACACUUGUCAAAUGACAGGGAAAGUUUGACAGAAGCACAAGAUCAAGGUACAAGCUCUGUGCAACAUGAUGAAAAAAUGGAAGAACCCUUAGACAGGAUUGAAUUGGAGUAUUUACGCCUAAAAGAAAAUGUGAAAAGCCUCGAAAUGGAGAUUUUGAGCCUGAAAAAGAAAAUGAAGAAACCAGCAGGAAAACUUGAACGAGCUUGGAAACAGUUGUCAAAUGACAGGGAAAGUGUAAAUGACCCCUGUGCCGAGACAUUUUGUGUACCCCAGCCUGGCCUUGAAUUUACUGUGCCUCUCCAAGGUGGUCUCAUGGUUACACUAACCCUGUUGACUCAGCCUCCUGAGUGACAGAAUCACAGCUGUGUGACACGAAGCCCAGCUUCGGAUUUAAAUUUUGAGAGCUCUUCUGACUAAAUUGUCAAGACUGCACUUGACCUCAGGAAACUUUUGCCUCAGCUUUCCUACAAUAUCAAACUUUAUCAAAACAGAAAACACAAUAAUACCUAAUAGGAAAGAUUUUAUAGAGCUCCCACUGCCAUUGACUGGUGGAGUUGGAACUCGGGCCCAGGCAUGCUGGUGUCUGUCUAGAUACUGUUUGUCCAACAGUUCCUGGAGACAUCUAGAUGUUACUGCAGUGUCAUUUCUGUAUUAUUAUCAUUGGCAUUGCUCUUAGUCAUAUAAGCAUUAUUCAUAUCAUAGUUGAUAAAUAGUACUUGGAAUCCAUAAAGUAGGAUGUGAUGCGUGGAAUGUAAAAAUACAACUAAAAGGACAGCACAAGUAAAGGGACUUCCUCUUUCUCUCCA